GGCAGGAGGGGGCUGGCGGCAGCUAUGGCCUCGCUCGUGAAGAAAAUAAUCAGCACUGCUAAGGCUCCUGCUGCGAUGGGUCCCUACAGUCAAGCAGUGCUGGUAGACCGAACGAUGUACAUUGCAGGACAGAUAGGUAUAGAACCUUCCACCGGCCAACUUGUCUCUGGAGGGGCAAAGGAAGAAGCUAAGCAGGCUCUAAAAAACAUGGGAGAAAUCCUGAAAGCUGCAGGCUGUGACUAUGGCAAUGUUGUGAAGACUACAGUUUUGAUGGCAGACAUGAAGGACUUCAAUGAUAUUAAUGAUAUUUACAAACAAUUUUUCAAGACAAACUUCCCAGCCAGAGCAGCCUAUCAGGUUGCUGCUUUGCCCAAAGGUGCCAGAGUUGAGAUUGAAGCUAUUGCUAUUCAGGGACCCCUCCAAGAUGCUUCAGCCUGACUAUAAAUAGAGACUGAAUAUCCUAUGACAGCAGUUUUAGAUUUAAUACUUCUCCCUUACAUCCUAUUCCUACAAUUGACUAUCAGCAUUUACAUACAGUUGAAAUCUAAACUUACUGAGGAUGGGUGCUUUCUUCUGGAUUGUGGCCUUGGAUCCUCUAAAAUAGGAAUUUACAGUGAGUUCUCUGCUGGCAAACCCUGAAACCUCUGGGAGUCCUGCUAAAAUCAGCUGAGCUUGAUUGCAGG